AUGGCGAGUAAGACUUUCAAUUCUGCAUUUCCAGGCCUUAAAUUUAUAAACCUGCAAUGGCGAUUGAAAUGGUACCUGGAAUCAAGGUCCAGAGUUUUGAGUUCUUCAAGUUCUUCCCAAUUUACUCCCUCUCUCAAGAGAGUUUUUCUAAAUCUUGUAUCAAACUUAAGUGCACUGGAAUCUGUGUGUAUUGGUGUCGAGAAUCCACCCCCAGAUGUGUUGAACGCUGACGUUGAAGAUGAUGGCGAUGAUCUGCACAUCACCGAUGAGGGCUUCGUUAAGGAGUGGCUCCCUAGGGUUUCUGGAGCUUUGAAAUUGCUUUCACUAUCAGAUUUUUGGGUUCAGUCGAGUACGCGUCGAUCAGAAGUUUUGUCACUGAUCUCUGCGCACUGUCAAAAUCUUAUUGAAUUAGAGCUGAAGAACGCAUGGCUAUCAGGACAAAACAUGAGCGCCAUGCCAAUGCUAACAAGUUUAACACUUGAACUCAUAAGAUUAGAUGACAAAAAUCUAACCGAUUUUAAUGCGAGUUUCCCAAAUCUUCAAGUUCUUAACUUGAUAGAUGUUAGAGGUCUCAAAAUGCCGAUGAUCCACCUCCUCAACUUGAAAACCUGCCAUUGGAUUGUAACAGAUUCACCAUCAUAUAUAUGUAUAAUCACACCGAAUCUCAUCACACUCAGACUCGAGUGUAGAAGUCCCGCUGCUCUUUAUAUUGAAGCUCCUUUGUGCUACAACUUGCAUCUUGCAGUUGAUCACUUGAACGCGUUUGCAGUCAAAAAUUUGAGAAUUUGA